UCCCCCUCUUCUCCGCAGCUGGCAGUUGCGUCGGAUCGGAGAGGAGCUGGAAGUCUGAGACGAGCCGAUGGUGCUCGGGAGGCGGCAGUCCAUGCGGCGGACAACCAGCAUGACUGAGUUCGCCGUCAACUUCGUUGUCUCCGACGCCGAGGUCACACAGAGUAAUCCCGAGCAGGACAAUCUCGCAGGACUCGGUGACCGCCUCCCCCUCCAGAAUAGAUCCUCCGGAGCUGCGGAUUGGAUGGAGGCGACCUACCAGGGGAACGCUAACCUAGCACCGUCGCCUCGGGGAAUGGAGCACCGCAGGAGUUCGGCAGACUUCGCCGUGGUGGAAACCUCGCGCUUUCUCGCGGAAUGCGGCUCUGCAACCGCCGCCUUGUCCUCGGACGGGAUAUCUUCAUGUACAGGGGUGAAGCAUUUUGCAGCUUUGAGUGCCGACAUCAACACAUGAAACCUGAUGAACGCAAUGAGAAUUGCUCUCUGACCUCAAUCAAGGAUAGGGGUGCACCUGCAACCAAUGGCGACAAGCAAUCUGGUAACGGGGAGACCCUUGCUGCUGUCUAAGAUUUAUUAAUCAAAUCAUGAUGGAGUUAAGAUCUCAUAAUGUUGUGAAUGCUAAAAGACAAGACAAAACUAUAUAGAUCUACUUGGUUUGAACAGCCAAGCUAUUACUUGGCAGGAGAAAUCUUGUUGUAAGCACUAUGAUGCUAAUCCAUCCCCAUCUUUCUGGUUCCAUCCAAAAAUAAAAUUUGAAAUGAAUUCUGAUGAGUUCAUUGUCAUAAUGUUUAUCAAGUUAAUGAAUUUUCUUUCAUAAA